AUGGAGCUGGGAUGGGAGCUGUGCUGCAGCCACGCUGGUGCUACCAUAUGCUGGUCCCCAGGCCUGUGUGGUGGCAGCGCCUCGGGCAAGACAACAGUGGCAACACGGAUCAUUGAGGCGCUGGAUGUGCCCUGGGUGGUGCUGCUCUCCAUGGACUCGUUCUACAAGGUGCUGGACGAGGGGCAGCAGGCGCUGGCAGCCCGCAGUGACUACAACUUUGACCACCCUGAUGCCUUCGACUUCGAGCUGCUGGUCAGCGUCCUCCGCAAGCUGAAGAAGGGCAAGAGCGUGAAGGUGCCGGUGUACGACUUCACCACGCACAGCCGCCGCCGCGAGUGGAAAACGGUGUAUGGGGCCAACGUCAUUGUCUUUGAAGGGAUCCUGGCCUUUGCCAACAAGGAGCUGCUGAAGCUCCUGGACAUGAAAGUGUUUGUGGACACGGACUCUGACAUCAGGCUGGUGCGGCGGCUGCAACGUGACAUCAUGGAGCGUGGCCGUGACAUCGUGGGUGUCAUCAAGCAGUACAACAAGUUUGUGAAGCCAGCCUUCGAGCAGUACAUCGAGCCCACCGUGCAGGUGGCUGACAUCGUGGUGCCCAGGGGUGGGGAAAACUUUGUGGCCCUGGACCUCAUUGUGCAGCACGUGCACAGCCAGCUGGAGAAGCGCGAGAUCACCGUCAGGGCAGCCCUGGCCUCUGCCCACCAAGGGCAGCCACUGCCGAAGACACUGAGCGUCCUGGAGAACACGCCGCAGGUGCGGGGCAUGCACACCAUCAUCAGGAACAAGGACACGACCAGGGACGAGUUUAUCUUCUACUCCAAGCGCCUGAUGAGGCUGUUGAUUGAACAUGCCCUUUCCUUCCUGCCACUGAAGUCUGUCACUGUGGAGACGCCCCAGGGGACCAUAUACGAAGGGAAGCGGUUCCACAGGCAGAGGAUCACUGGCGUGUCCAUCCUGCGUGCAGGGGAGACAAUGGAGCAGGCCCUGACUGCAGUCUGCAAGGACAUCCGCCUGGGCAAGAUCCUGAUCCAGACCAACCAUGACACGGGGGAGCCCGAGCUCCACUACCUGCGCCUGCCCAAGGAGAUCAGCGAGGACUAUGUCAUCCUGAUGGACAGCACUGUGUCCACUGGUGCCGCUGCUAUGAUGGCCGUGCGCGUCCUGCUGGACCACGAUGUCCAGGAGGACAGGAUCUUCCUGCUGUCACUGCUGAUGGCGGAGAUGGGGGUGCACUCGGUGGCCUACGCCUUUCCCCGCGUCCGCAUCAUCACCACGGCUGUGGACAAGCGGAUCAACGAGGAGUUCCACAUCAUCCCAGGCAUCGGGAACUUUGGGGACAGAUACUUUGGCACUGAUGGCCCCUCUGCCUGGUGUGAGAGCGACGGCAUGGACUGCUGA